CACCCCCCCCACUUCUUCCAUCAACCCUCAUUUUAAGCCUUCCCCCCUCUCCCCCUCUCUCCCUCAAACUAUACCUCUCCAUUUCUCUCUCUCUCUCUCUCUCUCUCUCUCGCCGGAGUGAGUUGAAUAUAACCGUUAUACAUGGCUGAGGAACACGAGAAGCCUGCUGCCUCUGCUGUGGAGGCACCGUGUGAGGUGGCGGUGGUGGAGUCGGAGGCACCGCCUGCCGAGAAGUCUGUGACCGAGAAGGAAGCUGUGCCGGAGCCGGAGGCGGAGGCCAAGCCUGCCGUGGAGGUCGUUGAGGAGGCGGAGAAGCCUGCCAAGGCUGAGGAAGAGGUUGAUCCUAAAAUCGUCGCUCAGUCGGUUUCGUUCAAGGAAGAGAGCUACGUUGUUGGUGAGUUGCCCGAGCCGCAGAAGAAGGCUCUGGAGGAGCUGAAGCAGCUCAUCCAGGAGGCCCUCAACAAGCACGAGUUCACCGCGCCGCCGACUCCGCCGCCGGUUAAGGAGGAGGAGAAGCCGGCUGUGGAGGAAGAUAAGAAAGAAGAAAAGAAGGAGGAGGAAAAAGCUGCCGAGCCUGAGGCCCCUGCCCCUGUUUGUGAAGCAGAGGCACCAAAAACUGAAGAAGCUCCAGAAGCUUCCAAGUGCGAGGAAGUGAAACCAGAGGAAGAAGUGAAAGAAGAGAAGAUCGUUGUUGUGACUGAGGUGGUUGAGACUGUUACCAAGGUUGACGAUGACGGCGCCAAGACUGUGGAGGCGAUUGAGGAGACCAUAGUGGCCGCAGUCCCUACUCCGGCGGCGGCGACCGAAGAACCAGCCAAAGAAGCUGAAGCGGCAGUCGAGGCGACUCCAACGGCGGAGGAGCCGAAAAAAGAAGCGGAAGAGGCCCCGGCUGCUCCUCCGGUGGAGCCAGAGGAGGUCUACGUCUUUGGAAUCCCGAUUCUGGGUGACGAGCGCAGCGACGUCAUUCUGCUCAAGUUCCUGAGGGCUAGGGAUUUCAAGGUGAAGGACGCCUUCGCCAUGAUCAAGAACACCGUCAAGUGGCGCAAGGAGUUCGGGAUCGACGCCCUGCUGGAAGAGGAGCUCGGAAGCCACUGGGAGAAGGUGGUGUUCACUCACGGCGUCGACAAGGAAGGCCACCCUGUGUGCUACAACGUGUUUGGUGAGUUCCAGAACAAGGAGCUGUACCAGAACACGUUCACUGAUGAAGAGAAACGGUCCAAGUUCAUCAAGUGGAGGAUCCAGUUCUUGGAGAAGAGCAUCAGAAAAUUCGACUUCAACCCUACCGGAAUCUCCACCAUCGUUCAGGUCAACGAUCUCAAAAACUCUCCCGGACUCUUCAAGAGGGAGCACAACCAGGUCACCAACCAGGCUCUUGAAUUGCUUCAGGACAACUACCCUGAGUUUGUUGCCAAACAGGUGUUUAUCAAUGUGCCAUGGUGGUACCUUGCUUUCAAUAGGAUGAUCAGCCCCUUCCUGACCCAGAGGACCAAGAGCAAGUUUGUGUUUGCUGGUCCAUCCAAAUCCGCCGAGACCCUAUUCAAAUACAUAGUUCCAGAACAUGUGCCAGUUCAGUAUGGUGGUCUAAGCAAGGAAGGCGAGUGUGAAUUCACCACAGCCGACCCUGUCACAGAGGUUACUGUAAAACCAGCUUGCAAACACACCGUUGAAAUCCCAGUUUCUGAGAGUGGGGUUCUUGUUUGGGAAGUGAGAGUAUUGGCUUGGGAUGUGAGCUACGGAGCCGAGUUUGUGCCAAGUGCUGAGGAUGCUUACACAAUCAUAUUGCAAAAGACUAGAAAGGUUGCCCCAAGCGAUGAGCCAGUGAUCUCGAACAGCUUCAAGAUCGGCGAGCCAGGGAAGGUUGUGCUCACCAUUGACAACCAAAGUUCCAAGAAGAAAAAGCUCCUCUACAGGUCCAAGACCAAGCCUUCCUCUGAUUAAAAAGCGUGCUGAUGAAAGUUCUUCAUUCCUAGCUGUCUUGGCGGUCCACAUUUCCGAUCAAAUACAAGACAGCUUAAAGUGCAGUACUGCAGAAUAAACAGUGGUUCUUUGCUAUUUAAAUACAGGGUUAAUUUUUUGUUCUUUUGGUUGUUGAUAUUUAUUUUCGUUUUUUGGAAUGAAAGAAGAAAAAAGUUAUGGGAUUCAUAUUUAUUUUAGUGUAUGGGGAGAAAUAUAUUUGUUAUUCUGUUUUGGACCUUUGGAAGGAUUGGAUACCUGUGGUGGGGAAAACAUUUGACGUAUAUAUAUGUUUAGGGAUGGGGACAUGUGUAUGGACUUGGGACACAAACUCUGUUUCUAUUCUUGAUACUGCCUGUAAAAUCUGUGUAAAUUUGGUUGGUACCUUCAUUCUCUUCCUUUAUAGAUGUUUGGUCAUUUUUA